ACAAACCCAGUUCAUUCAAAGCCUCUGGUCUUAAUUUUAUAUCCAUUAACUUCUGCCACAAUCUCAGCACAAGCUAGCACACAGAGAGCUAGAGUGACCAACAGCAGCACAGAAAUCUCACACAUGGCUGGCUGUGGCAUGGCAUCAGCUGCCUCAGGCUUUGUGGUAGCACCAAAUGUUGCAACCACCAACGCAGGCUCAGCUUCCAGCCGGAGUAGCAUGCUGUUUUUCUCUUCAAAACCCAACACCAACACAAGAAGCAAUGCCAGGUUUGUGAUCAGGGCAGCUGAAGAAGCCGCUACGCCGCCGGGCGCCACCACGACUGCACCAGAGGGGGCAGCUACCCCUAAGCCUAAGCCACCACCAAUUGGACCCAAGAGAGGCACUAAGGUGAAGAUUCUUAGGAGGGAAUCCUACUGGUUCAAAGGCAUUGGAUCUGUUGUGGCUGUGGAUCAGGAUCCGAAUACCCGUUACCCUGUCGUGGUCCGAUUCAACAAAGUUAACUAUGCCAAUGUGUCCACGAAUAACUAUGCAUUGGACGAGAUUGAAGAAGUUAAAUGAGUUUGUAGUGGCACUGUAAAUUGUAAUCUUAAUUAAAUUGUCCUUCUCUCAGUUUGUUCCUUACUUGUUGGUGCCCUUUAUUUGUGUAUCAUACUCUAAAUUUCUUCUUCCA